GUUGCUCCAAAUGCUACAAAGUCAGGCUUUUUGAAAAUGUUAUCGCUCCAUGCUGUUAAUAGAAAUAAUAUACUAGUGGUUCCAAAGCGCUGAUUGAAAUGAAACUGAUACAUAUCUGCCAGAAUUCUUACAAUGGCAAGUGGAGAUGUGACUAAUUAUCUUAAGGAAACUGAAUUGCUUGUCCGAUUGGUUCGUGAAAGACCAGCACUCUAUGAUAGAUCAAGAACAGACUUCAAAGAUCCUGCGUAUAAACAAUUCAUGUGGCAGGAAAUUGGAGAUCUAAUGGGAUGCACAUCACAGGAAAUUUAUAAGAAAUGGAUAAGUUUGCGUGAUCGUUACACAGCGGAACAUCGGAAACUCAAAAAAAAUCCUGGCCUUGCGCAGUCAGGCUGGCCUUUUUACGAAUCUAUGAGGUUCUUGGAAAAACAUAUCAUAGAGCGAAGAAGAAUCCUUCCUCAUAUAUAUGGCUCACUGAGGGACACUGAGCUUAUAAAAGAGACGACUAAUGUCAAACUUGAAUCUUUUGAUUCUGGUGUGUUGGGCGACUCUCCGUGGGAUGGGGGGAUCGAUAAUUCUUUACCAGUAGAAAUUGGUUACGUUGAAAACCCUGGAACAGAUCAAGUUGUCACACCUGAUGCUGUAACGAUCGUUCCGCCGAGCAAGAGAUACAGAAGCAUAUCUCCCAGUACUUCCCCAAUCUCUAUAAAGAGAGACAAGUUGAAACUAGAAGAAGGGCUUCUAGAUAGUCUUCGUGAUAUAGGGAAUGCUACCAAGCAGAUAGCGUCAGCAGUUUCAGAUGCAGAAAACGCAGAUAAACUGUUUGGAAAGAUGGUUGGUGUGAUGGUUGGAGAAUUGAAUAGUGAUGAUAAGAAUAGAGCAAAAAUCCAUAUAAUGUCUUACCUAUGCACGCACGGAUAUAAAAACAAUGAAUCGAAUUGAAUAGGUACAAUUCUGGUGUCUAAAUUCCAAAGUAUGGUUUCACUCCUCUAAAUUUGGAAACAAUUAGUGUUACAUUUGUCAACGUGUAUUUAUUUCUAUUUAAAUAUAUAUACAGCAACUAACGUUAUUAAUAUGGAAGAGAACGUAGCUUUUUCCAGAACAGUAUUAUCGGUAAUAGGGCACUCCUGUGUUGGAGGCUUGGAUGAUAGAUAUCAAAGUCCACUCGCCUGAGCCGUUCUAGAUAGAAGUCAAUUGUGAUAGCUGGGAGGAAAAUUGCACUUGCUUUCUUUGGCACGUCAUUGCGCAGUGAACGAGCCUAAAAAAACAAAGUGUAGCUUAGCUCUUGAGGAAACAUCGAAAACAGCAUCACCAAUCUCUUUUCGUGACUUUCCUCGAAGUACCUCUUCUGUAGAAAGGUUAUGCUUCAUCAUUAUGUCCUGGGGAAUAACGAUAGACCGUCUCUGAGCAUUGUAGAGAAUCGAACGAAUUAGAUUUGUAAUUCCGUGUGCUUUGCCUAAGUGACUGGCCGCAUGAUCGACACGGACAUGUUUUAUGUCGCUUGCUUCCAGUAGCAAGUAAUAAACUGGUGAAGCUGUAUUUUCGGCAUAUGCUUCCAGAGAUUCAAGGCUCGGGAACACGGAGAGAGUUAGUUUUUCUGAACGGGCAACUAUAAGGCGUUUCAAAUAGUGUUUCGAAAGCUUAUGCUUUCUAACAAUCUGUAAAAAUAUUAACUUGUGUUAAAUGCUUCAAAUACUAUGAGCCUAAUAUCA